UCAGGGUGAAAUAGCCCAAAAAUUUCCAGACACAACUCCAACCUCACACAUGCACUGAAUAAAGCAAAUGUCGCAGGAUGACUUUGCAAGCGUGCAAAGGAAGUUCAAAACUCAUCUUUUGGGUUUGAAAUGAGUUUUUUAGAACUAGUUCUGAAACUUUUCUUGGGACACAAGAGUCCGCAGUCCCUCCCCCUGGCCUCUGACUUAGAAGUCUAAAACUACUGGGCAGGCAAGUAUCAUUCACUCACUUGACACACACUCUGGAACAGUCAUUGCCUACGUAAAAAUGUUGCCGUUCAAACUGGGUCACGGAGCUUUACUGAUGGUGUUCUCAAUAAUCGCCAUGGAGGAGUUGCAUUGCAGUGCUAUUCAAGUGGACCCCCCCGAGGAGAUUAAAAUCAUAGAUCCUGAUCAUCUUGGCCAUCUGGAGAUUACAUGGACUCUACCGGCGAGUUUACGUAAAUUGAAAGACUGUCCUAAACGGUACAGGGUGGAAUACUUCAACGCUUAUUCGCAGAGUUGGGAUAUUAUUCAGACGCCUCAGAGGACAUACAGCGCUCAGUUUGAUCUGAUGAAGGAAAUACGAGUUAGAGUGUACACCCUGCUGAGUGGACGCUGCACUAAUAACACUUGGAUCAAGAGUGGGAACUUCACGGAAUUGGUGCAGAAACCUCCAAGCUCAGGUCGUCACGGGAAUGCAGUCAAAGAUUUCGGGUGCGUGUUUCAUAACAUGGAGCACAUGAUCUGCAAGUGGAGAAAACAUCCUACAUCUCCAGCCAACUCACAGCUUUAUAUGUAUUACUGGCACAAAGAACUGCAAAAAACGGAGGAGUGUCCCAAAUACCUCUUUACAAAUGGAGAUAGGAGCGGCUGCAGCUUCACAGGAAAAGCUCUCCCCGAUUUUACUAAUGUCAAUUUCUGCGUCAACGGCUCUUCUCCAGAAGGUCCCCUGAGGCCUACGUACAAGUCCCUUCAAAUCCAAAACUAUGUGAAGCCUGACGCUACAAACAAGCCAAUUCUGCUGCCAGGAGACGCCCGUAUCAACCUCCGCUGGAGGAAACCGGAUGGAAAAGUUCCUGGGCACUGCUUAGAAUGGGAGGUGGAUCACACGAGCGAUGGACCACAAAAUAAAUCUGAGCCAAUUUCCACCAUGCACACAAGCCUGACUUUGCCUGCUGUGGGUAAGAAAAACUGCUUCCGUGUACGCUCCAAGAUGCACAAAUAUUGUGCGGCAGGAAGCUUCUGGAGUGAAUGGAGUCCCCAAACAUGUACCAUAUUUGAACAGAAUACAACAAGUGACACCGAAUUUUGACCCAUUUUUAAGAGUCGCCAGCACUUGACUGAUGGUGUCCCACAUGGAUCCCUGUGGAGCCCUCUUACUGUCUACCACUGACUGAAUCCAACUUUUUGUUCAUGUUUGUGGACAUAAAGUAAUUGUGAACCGUUGGCGGCUAGAACAUGUUAAAUGGAUAUCCAUUCAUUUCAAUGGUGUGAAGAUGAUUUUAAAUGAGUACAGCAAUAUAUUUAUUCUUUGCAAUGUGUGAAUGUUAAGUCAUAUUACAGGGGAAAAUUACAGUCUUAUUUAAAAAAGAUAUAUAUUUUAUAUGCUUUUUGUCAAUGUUUAAACUGAUUAUGUCUAGAAAUUCCACCUUGGUAAAGAGUUACAGUCUAACAUGCAGUUUGCCUGUGGUUUACCUUAACUAAAGAAAAAAAUACAAUAAAAUAAAGCUCAUUUGGAUUGCACAA